AUGGCCCCCAGAUUUAAGGAUGGAGAUGCCGUGGUUGCCAUCAAUGGCAAAUGGAUUGCCUGGGCUCACACCAUCUUCGCGUAUGCCGCCUUCUUCAGCGCAUUGAUUGUCGGUUGUGCGUUGCAUUACCACAAGAUCGUCCAAAACGAACACUACGGUUAUCCCGAUGAAUGGUUCCCCUCCGUGUCUGCAACCAUCGGUGAUCGCUAUCCGGAGCGUUCCUUCUUCCAAGUCUUCAUCGCUAUUACCUCCGGCCCUCGCUUCGCUCUCGUCUUCCUGUGGUACGUCCUGACCGCGCGCCCGAACUCGACUCUGCCCAAGAUCGUCGCAGGCGUGGGUGUUUUCCGUACCUUGACCUGUGGUGGAUGGACUUAUGUCACUUCCACCGAUGACCAUGACUGGCAUGACAUCUUUAUGAUCUCGUAUCUCGUGGCGACGCUGCCGUGGACGCUAGGCUGCCUUGCCCUGAGCCCCAACAACCGCCGCGCUGUAAAGUACCGCAAGAUCAUGGCGAGCUUGUUCUUCGGGACUCUGGUGCCAUUGAUUUAUUACUUCAUUCAGCACAAGGUCCACAAGGUCGCUGGUGCUUACACCCGAUACGCCUUUUUUGAGUGGUCUUUGAUUUUGUUCGAUGUGGGCUUUGAUGCGAUUACGGUGCUUGACUUUGAGGGAUUCGAGCUGGUGGUGCGCGAUGUGAAGGGAAUCAGCAGAGGGCAGUUGAAGACGACUGCGGAUUCUGUCCUUGAAAAAGAGAAGGGCAAGUCUGUCGGCAACACCUUCGGCGAGGGCUUCUUCUGGACUGAGAUCAUUGACGCCGCUGCCGACGUUUACAACGGAUUUGUUUUCUGGACAAUUGUGACCGGUCUACCCGUGCUUGUGUGGUAUUUCCCACUGUGGCAUAUGGGUAUCUCGGGUUAUGAAGUUGCCAUUGCUGCAUGCAUGUCGCCUCUAUUUUUUGCCAUCCCGUCUUUGAGACAGCUGGCCGUCAAGAACCUCCGUCUUCUUCAUUUGAUUUCCCUGGCUGGCCUCCUGGCCUACAAGUUCCAGGAUCCCGCUAACCGGCUCUUUGUCACUGCCUUCGCUCUCUCGACCACCUGCGCAGCGUGGACUGCGACCUUCUUUGCUGAGCGUGCCAACACGCCUCGUCUGGAGACUCGUAUCAUGGCCUGGGGUAUUGGUCUCAUCAUGUCCACCAUUUCCAAGUUUGCGUGCUCCACCAAUAAUCCUCUCUGGCCGAUUAUGCACGCCGAUAAUGGCGGUUGGAACAAGAUCGGUCUUUUCAUUGCUGUCUUUGCCGUCCUUCGCUCCCAGCGGCCCACCACUACUAGCGGCGGCGACUAUCUCCCUGCCAGCGGCAAGAAGGGCUCGUCUAUCCUGGCUGGUAUUGGCUUCGGUGGACUAAUGUUUGCCAUUGUGUCUCUUCUCACUGACUCAAGCACUAUGAUCUCGUGGGUUUGGGAGGGAUACCCCGUCCGUGGCCCGAUUGCUGUGCCCCAUGGUGCUGUAACUAUCUUCGUCAUGGGUGCCGGUCUCGUUUAUGGUGUGUUCCACCCUACUACUGCUGGUAGCUGGACUGCCUUUGGAAUCGGCUCGCUUGGCGCGGCUCUUUUGACUUGCUACCACCACUGGACUGGAUAUUAUGGAGCCCUUGCUUUCGCCUUCUAUAUUAUGGCCGUUUCUCCUGUCCUGAUCAGUUCUGGUGUCCGUCACUCCCCGGCGACCGUGUUUGGCGUUGGCUUCCUUUUCUAUGUUUUCAUGCUUCUCUUCCAUGUCUGGGUUGUCGCCUAUGCCUUUGUUCCUGGUGGACCGCUUGUGCGUGAACAUACUGAUUGGGUCAUGAUCACCACUAUGCUCGCCAUCGGCGCUGGUGUAUUUUCGGCUGCGACCUCGAACUCGACUCGCUCCCGUAACAAGCCCAUCAGCCCCAACAGCAAGCGCCAACGCUCAUAUUACAUCUAUGUCCUUGCUGCCCUGCAGCUGCUCUCCGUGUCGGUGGCCUAUCUCCGCUUCCCGACUAACGACUAUGUCCCUCACCACAAGGAAGACAAGGUGGUAACUGCCGGUAUCUGGACCGUCCACUUCGGCCUGGACAACAAUAUGUGGGCUGCCGAGCGCCGUAUGCGUGAUGUCAUCGGUGAGCUUGAGCUCGAUGUCAUCGGCUUCCUUGAGUCCGACAAUCAGCGCAUUAUCAUGGGUAACAAGGAUGUCACUCAGUACAUCGCCGAAGAUCUUGGCUACUACGCCGACUUCGGGCCUGGUCCCAACAAGCACACCUGGGGUGCGGCCUUGCUGUCCAAGUUCCCCAUCGUCAACUCGACCCAUCACCUGCUCCCUUCGCCUGUUGGUGAACUUGCCCCUGCCAUCCAUGCCACCCUGGACAUGUAUGGUGAGAUGGUUGAUGUGGUUGUCUUCCACUCCGGUCAAGAGGAAGAUCCCGAAGAUCGUCGUCUCCAAACUGAGUAUCUGUCGAAACUAAUGGGCUCGUCCCCGCGCCCUCUGAUCCUGUUGAGUUACCUGGUCACCAAGCCGCUCGAGGGUAACUACAACACCUAUGUCAGCGAUGUCAGCGGUAUGAAGGAUAUCGAUCCAACUGAUUGGGACCGCUGGUGCGAAUACGUCCUUUACAAGAAGAUUCAUCGCACCGGUUAUGCUCGUAUCAGCCGUGACACUAUCACGGAUACUGAGAUACAGGCAAGUCACUCUCCAUUCCUUCACGUCGGCAAGUUCGUCGUCGGCGAGCCCGAGCCCGAAAACGAGAUGCGUGUCCCAGAGGACAUGGUUCCCGUUGGCCGGCGCUUCCCGGCUCUCUUCCGUGGCGAUGGUGUCCGUGGACACCGCUACCAUGUCUUCGAUGAGCCCCGGUACUGGCAGUAA